AUGACUGGGGAUAAGAAGAAGUAUGACCUCGAGGCCGGCAGCUGGCCACAAUCCCAGCUCGGCUCCCGCAUAUCCUUUGUCUCCAGCUGGCGGUCACGACCAACGAAUCAUGGGAUUAGCAGUAAUCGCAGCCGGCUCCGGUUUUAUGAAAUAGUGCGGUCUAUCAGUGACAUGGACGCGCGGUCCCGGUAUGAGCAAGAAGAGGCAGACAGUGGAUUACCAACAAGCGACACGCCAGACUCCGAGUCAACUCAUGGCGGUUCGGAGAAGCAGAUCAUAUCGUGGGAGGAGAACGACCAGGAGAAUCCAUACAACUUCACGGAUAAGAUACUAAUUCAAGUAUCUACCAUGUUUUUGGUCGUGAACAGCACCAUGGGAAGCUCUUUGCCCAGCAUGGCAAUCCCUUAUAUCGCCGAGGAAUGGGGAAUCACGUCACAAGAGCAGAUGAUACUCCCCCUUUCGACCUAUCUCAUCGGCUACGUCCUUGGGCCGAUCAUAUGGGCUCCUAUGAGCGAACAAUUUGGACGGCGUAUUAUCACCUGGUCAACUUUCGGCAUGUUCAUAAUUUGGACGAUGGCUUGCGCUCUCUCUCCAAACUGGCCUUCACUUCUGGUAUUCCGACUCUUCGCGGGUGCCUUUGCAAGCACUCCCAUCGCGGUUGUUCCUGGCAUACUUGCUGACAUAUACAAAACCCCAGUCAAGAGAGGAGGUGCCAUGAGCUGGUUCAUGGCGACAACAGUUUUCGGACCACUAUUUGCCCCUAUUAUUUCCGGUUUCUGCUCAACCUCGCUAGGAUGGCGCUGGACGUUUUGGGUCGCCCUUGUAUACGCCGGUUUGACUCUGAUCCCUGUCUUCUUUCUCCCAGAGACACAUGGCUCGACCUUGCUCCGGAAGCGGGCGCGGAUGAUGCGCAAGACCGAUCCCAAAGCCCAUGUUUACGCUGCAUCCGAACUCGAGAAGCGUGACGUCAAGCAACUCAUAACCGUCGUUUUGAGUCGACCGAUACGCAUGGUCACCACCGAACUCAUUGUCAGCUGUACCUGCUUGUAUCUUGCUCUGGUCUACGCCAUAUUCUACAUGUAUUUUGAGGCCUUCCCUAUUAUCUUCCAGCAGCUUUACGGUCUCUCAUCGGGAGUGACGGGACUGUGUUUCCUUCCAAUAGGUGGUGGUUGUCUCCUGACACUUCCAAUAUUCUUCUAUUACGACCGCGUGUUAGCCCGCGCACGAGCACGCGACGCACCCUGGACGAAGCAGGAAGAGUACCGUCGUCUGCCACUUGCAUGUCUAGGAGGCCCCUUAUUUGUCAUCUCGCUAUUCUGGCUCGGCUGGUCUGCCAGGCAGGACAUCCACUACGUUUCACCACUACUAGCUGGCAUACCGUUCGGGAUGGGGUUUCUGCUCAUUUUUAUGGCUUUUCUCAACUACCUCACCGACGCCUACGAGAUAUUUGCUGCUAGUGCCAAUGCAGCCGCCAGCACUUCGAGAUCCCUGCUUGCCAUUGUGCUCCCGCUUGCCACCACACCUAUGUUCAGCCACCUGGGUAUCUCAGGUGCGUGUAGUCUGCUUGGCGGCUUCAGUGCCUGCAUGUGCGCAAUUCCCUUCAUAUUCAUCUGGAAAGGAGACCGCAUUCGCGCAGGGUCAAAGUUCUGUAUCGCUUUGAAAGAGAGGAAGGCCGAGAUGGAGCGCAAAGCCGCGGCGCAGCAGCAGAAGCGCAAGGAGUCUGAGGAACCAACGCAACAAAUCGCGGAAUACCGUAAGCGAAUCCCGGGCGAGAGGACGUCAAGACCUCACCCAAAGGCUAGCCGUGAGAGGUCAAGCCAGGGAACGAGAGACAAAUACGCGACCAGAAAAAAGUCACCCAUGCAGGGGUCCCCGUCUCCCGGACGGAAAUACUACAGAGACCCCAGGUUCAGACAAGAACAGAUCACUGACGUGGCGUGGUCGAAAGAUGUACCAGCAUGGGUGCAUCAUUUCGGAGACAAGGUAUCGAGGGAUACCAUGUCAGGAGGACUAAUCUCAGGAUGGGGCACGCCUCGAGGUGAGUCCUCGGGGACGAAGGUAUCAGGAGGAAGCACCCCUUUAGGCGAAUCAUCGGGUACAAAGGUCUCAGGAGGCAGCACGCCGCGAAUGAAAGUUUCUGGACAAUCGAUGGUGAGGGACCAGGGGGUCAACACGGUCGACCAAGGCGUACAGACGGAUGUGGAGAUUAUGCUCCGCAUGGAGGAGAAGAAGUACCCGGAAAAGGCCGAAAAGGAAAAAAAGAAGAGGAAGACUUGGAGUUAAUUCUGGGAAUGGUAGC